AAUAUAAGAAAAAAGAAAAACAAAAAAUAAAAAAAUAUAAAUAAAUAUGUCUACAUAAUUCCCACCUCCUCCUUAAAUGACAUAAAUGCCUUAAAUAUCUUAAAUACCUUAAAUGCAUUCAAUGCCUCCCUAGCUGUCUUAGUUAUCUUAAAUGCCACCACCAUAAAUGGGUUAAAUUCCUCCUCAUUAGAUUCAAUAAAUACCUGGAAUGCCUCCUCCAAUGAAUUUUCCGCCUGGAUUUCCUACUCCUGGACAGCCACCCGUUGGGAUGGGAGGUCCUUUAGGCAUGACAAUGCCUCCACCUAUGAUGUAAAUUAAUUCUUCUUAAUUUUUAAAUCCACAAAUAUAAAUGUUGAGGCCAUAAAAGGUAUUUUUUCCCCCAGAUAUCUAAAUUUACUUUAAGGAGAGAAAUAUAGGAUUUGUAAAAGGAAAGCCAAAGCUUAAAUGUAGAAAUUUAGAUCCUUUAAGUUCAAAUGGAUUACUAGACUACAUGAAGAGUAAAUUCGAAAGAGGACCUCCUCCACCUUUAGCAAAAGUAGAGACACCACGUGAAAAAAUAAAAAGGGAAAAAUAAGAAAAAAGGCAAAAACAAAAGUAAUUAAUAAAGCAAAAUUUAAUGGAAUGGAAUCCUUUUGAAGAUUCAAAAAUUACUAGUGAUCCAUAUAAAACAUUAGUUUUGAAUAAUAUUUCUUAUAAUGCAAAUGAAUAGAAAAUAAAAGAGCAUUUUAAAAUGUAUGGACCUAUUAAAUCAUGCAGAAUUAUAAGAAAUCUUAACCAAAAGCAUAGAGGUUAUGGUAUUAUUGAAUUCGAAAGAACCGCAGAUUUUAUUUAAGCAUAUAAAAAUGCACAUGAAAAAAAAAUUGAUGGAAGAAGAAUUGGUGUUGAUAUUGAAAGAGGAAGAACCAUACUCAGAUUCAGACCAAUGAGGCUCGGAGGUGGGUUAGGAAUAACCCGUAAAGGAAAAUCUCCAGAUAAUGAUUACAAAAGAAGUCUAAGCCAAAUUCAAAGCAGAAGCCGUUCAAGAGAUAGUUAUGAUGACAGUGUGAGAGAGAAAAAAAUUGAUAAGCACAAAAAAAAAAGAUAUUCCAAAACUAAAUCUAAAAGUAGAUCAAGAAGUAAAGAUUAUUAUGAUGGAAACAAAGAUAGAAAAAUUAAGAAAGAAAAGAAGGAAAAAAAAGAAAAAAAACAAAAGAAAAAUAAUGAUUCUGCUCCUCAAGGAGGAAAUAAAUAUGAAGAAGAAGGUGAAAUAGAAGUCGUAGAAGAUGAAGAAGAAUGGGGAGGACAUGAUAAAAAGAGAAGAAGCAGAAAAGAGAAAAAAGAAAAAAGAUCAGAAAGCACAAAGAAAUAAAAAAAGAUAUUUGAAAUUUACAAUAUACUAAAGCCUGCUAGGGGGCUCGAACCCCUGACCACAAGAUUAAGAGUCUUGCGCUCUACCGACUGA